AUGGAUAGAAAAUCUGCUAGAAUAAAAGCAGAGUUGCAAAGAUAUGGUUGGAGAGUUUCGAAGAAUUUUAAAUAUAGGAAGGGAAGACCCAUAAAAGUCUAUGACAAAUUGUCUGGUCUUCGCUACGAAAUGGAUUUGGAAACAGCACGUGCCAAUUAUCCAAACAGACUAGAGAGGUUAGAAGAAGAACGUCUUAUGGACAUGCCUUUCGAUGUUAGUGAACCUCAAGUUGAAGGACACGACGGCUUUGCCAGAUUCUACUGGAAACAUGACGAACAAUUGCAUCCUUUGAGAAGGAAAAAAGGUAGUGCAGAGGAUGGUCAUGCUCCCAUGGAAAGAACAAGAUAUGCAUAUGAGAAGUAUCGUGAAGUUAGAAGUCAAAUUACAUCUGGUCGAACCUUUACAGUAAACUUUGACGAAGGAAAGAACAAAGAAGGCUUCAUGGGAGUACUUGCUGCAAUUCAAGAUGGAAAUAAGAAAGGAUACAAUCUCAGAU